AUGGUAAAUUUUGAUCUAAGUCAAGUGGGUGCCACUUUUCGUAAAAAGGAUAAAGAGUAUAAGGACUCAGCACCCCUCCCAGAAGAAGAGGAUGAUAUUGAUGCCUCUGAAUUUGAAGAUGAUGAAGUAGUACCCAAGAAGAUCAAGAAUAGAAGACCCAGAGAAGAUGAUUUUACACAACAACGUCUGGCGGCUAUAAACCCUGUCUUGACCCCAAACACUGUGGUACCAAUCUACCUUGUGAUUGCUGCCGUCUUCGUUAUUGUUGGUGGUUGUUUGCUAGCAGUGUCCACUAAAGUGGACGAAAUUACAUUAUACUACCAAGAUUGUGUUACUGCAGCACCUACAGAUGAUUUUGGAGACAUGCCAUCAUCUCAUUUUCAAUUCUAUUUCCAUAACGUUAAGAAUUUUAAUGUUACACCACAAUGGAAAUUCGUUGACGACCCUAAUGACGACUUCAGUGAACGUGGUACCUGUCAAAUUCGUUUCACUACCCCUAAAGUGAUAAAGAAAUCUGUCUACGUCAAUUAUAUGUUGGAGAAAUUUGCUGCUAACCACAGACGUUAUGUUCUUUCCUUUAGUGAAGAUCAAUUAAGAGGGGAACACGCCUCCUAUGAUUUAGUCCAUGAUUCUACUGGUAUUAACUGUAAGCCAUUAGCGAGAAGCAGCAAUGGUAAAUUGUAUUAUCCAUGUGGGUUGAUUGCCAAUGCAAUGUUUAAUGACUCUUUCCCCAUGCAAUUAAUAAACGUUACCGAUAAUUCUCAAAAUUAUGAUUUAACGAACCAAGGAAUCAAUUGGCAUACAGAUAGGCAAAGAUUUAAGAAGACUAAAUAUAAUUACACGGAAAUAACACCACCUCCAUUUUGGGAAAAAAGUUUCCCUGAUGGAUAUAACGAGACCAACGUUCCGAAUAUUCAAGAAUGGGAAGAAUUUCAAAAUUGGAUGAGACCAGGUGCAUUCGACAAAUCUACCAAAUUGAUUAGAAAGAAUGGUAAUUCCAGUUUACCUGCUGGAGAAUACGAGAUUGAUAUUGGAUUACAUUGGCCUGUGACGGAAUUUAACGGUAAAAAGGCUGUAUAUAUUACACAUGGUUCUAGUAUUGGUGGUAGAAAUCCUUUCCUUGGAAUUGUUUACUUGAUCGGUGGUUGCAUAUGUUGUGGUAUGGCACUUAUUUUACUGGUCUGCUGGUUAUUCAGUGGGAGAAAAAUUGCUGAUCCAAGCAGUUUGUCAUGGAAUAAAUAA